UCCUCCUCCUCUGCCUCGAAGCGUCGCUUUCUGCAGCCGGGGAGAGAAGUGCUAUGUCAGGAAAGUUCCGGGAGGGACCGGCUGGGGCCACGCUCCCCGGGCUCUCCUGCAGGCGCCCGCGCGCCGCCCUUUGUAUGAGGCAAAAGGACUCCUAUGGAAGAUGGAAGUCUUUAUCCGUUUUCCGGAGUGUAUUUCCAAGCCCAUCAACGAAACAUGAUACUGCUGCUCUGUGUUGAAAUGCUUGAAGAACACCCACCUCUCUGACGGCGCCUUCCAUCCUGCUGAAACCAUGGUCUUCUCUGCGGCGUUGACUGCGUCCCAUCCUGGGGCAUCCAACACAACGUUCGUAGUUUAUGAAAACACCUACGCGAAUGUUACAGUCCCUCCACCAUUCCAGCAUCCCGACAUUGGUCCGCUGCUUAGAUACAGUUUUGAAACCUUGGCUCCUACUGGGAUGAGUUCCUUGACAGUGAACAGUACAGCUGUGCCCCCAACACCAGCAGUUUUUAAGAGCCUAAACUUGCCUCUCCAGAUCAUCCUUUCUGCUAUAAUGAUAUUUAUUCUGUUUGUGUCUUUUCUUGGGAACUUGGUUGUUUGCCUCAUGGUUUACCAAAAGGCGGCCAUGCGCUCCGCCAUUAACAUCCUCCUGGCCAGCCUGGCCUUUGCGGACAUGUUGCUUGCAGUUCUGAACAUGCCCUUUGCCUUGGUCACUAUCCUUACUACCAGGUGGAUUUUUGGGAACUUCUUCUGUAGGGUAUCUGCUAUGUUUUUCUGGUUGUUUGUGAUGGAGGGAGUAGCCAUCCUGCUCAUCAUUAGCAUCGAUAGGUUUCUUAUUAUUGUCCAGAGGCAGGAUAAGCUAAAUCCAUAUAGGGCUAAGGUUCUCAUUGCAGUUUCUUGGGCAGCUUCUUUCUGUGUAGCUUUUCCUUUGGCAGUAGGAAACCCUGACCUGCAGAUACCUUCCCGAGCCCCGCAGUGCGUGUUUGGGUACACAACCAAUCCAGGUUACCAGGCUUAUGUGAUUUUGAUUUCUCUCAUUUCUUUCUUCCUGCCUUUCCUGGUGAUACUGUAUUCGUUUAUGGGCAUACUCAAUACCCUUCGGCACAAUGCCUUGAGGAUCCAUAGCUACCCUGAAGGUAUAUGCCUCAGCCAGGCCAGCAAACUGGGUCUCAUGAGUCUACAGAGACCCUUCCAGAUGAGCAUUGACAUGGGCUUUAAAACGCGUGCCUUCACAACCAUUUUGAUUCUCUUUGCUGUCUUCAUUGUCUGCUGGGCCCCAUUCACCACCUACAGCCUUGUGGCAACGUUUAGCAAGCACUUUUACUAUCAGCACAACUUUUUUGAGAUUAGCACCUGGCUACUCUGGCUCUGCUACCUCAAGUCUGCAUUGAACCCACUGAUUUACUACUGGAGGAUUAAGAAAUUCCAUGACGCCUGCCUGGACAUGAUGCCCAAGUCCUUCAAGUUUUUGCCACGGCUCCCUGGUCACACACGGCGACGGAUACGCCCCAGUGCUGUCUACGUGUGUGGGGAACAUCGGACGGUGGUGUGAAUAUUGGAACUGCCUGACAUUUUGGGUGAUGGUUGUUCGUUAUCUGACUUCGAAUUUUCUUUCUCGUGGCUUCUCCACUGAAACUAUGUAGUUUUUCAUAGGGGGCUGUGUGUGUGUGUUUGUGCAGUGUAAAGAAAGAAUGGUGAUUAGUUAUAAAUCUGUUACCACAGAUGCACAAUAGGGAAAUGAUCACAAGUGUUAUACCUCCAGGGUUCAAGAGAAAUCCUUGAUUUAGGGUGGGGAGAUGGUUUUCUGUUCCUCUGAUUGAUUUUGUUUUUGUAGUAGGAAUCAGGAUUGUGCUUUAUUGAACCUGUAGUUACAUUGAAUUGUAGGUAUUUUGUAUGCUGCUAAGAUAGGCUUAGUCGAGUUUAUCAGUUAUUUUUUUCUGAAAGACACUGCUGCUUUUUGCCAUCACAUUGGAGCCAAAAACCACAUACAUCUCA